AUGAAUCACAUGUCUCCCAGGCUGAGAGCCUUCCUCUCUGAACCCAUCGGAGAAAAGGAUGUUGCCUGGGUGGACGGGAUCAGCCAAGAGCUUGCAAUCAAUUUGGUCACCAAAGGUUUCAACAAGGCCUACAUCCUGUUGGGACAGUUCCUUCUGAUGCACAAGAAUGAAGCCGAGUUUCAGAAGUGGCUCAUUUGCUGUUGCGGCGCCACCGAGUAUGAGGCCCAGGAGAGUUCUAACUGUCUGAAGGAGUGGUGUUCCUGCUUCCUGUGA